AGGGAGAGAGAGGGAGAAAGAGGGAGAGAGAGAUCUCCUUAAAAGAUCGGGCAGCACGGCCCUUGCCUCCCCCCUUGCCUGGUGCUUUAUCUCGCGCGGUGCCAGCAGACACCUGUGCAUACCGUCUGUGUCCAUUUUCCCCUGGUUGAGUGGGCCAGGGAGAGCCUGAGACUUGAGGGUCUGACGGCUCUGUGUUUCAAGUGUGUUCUUUUCAGCCUGGGUCCAUCUUGGCUCUGGAUAGGCCUGGCUUCGCAGUGGCGAGACUGCUCCAGAUUACAGCUGGAGGCCCAGCCAGCUCUCCGCGGAGAAUGUGACCCCACAUCACCCCUUGUUGGAGAACGAGAACAACAGCUGUCACAUUCAGAGUAGCAAAAAUAAUGCCCAGCACCCCACCAGUCUCUAGCAGUGAUUCUUAUUUCCAAAUUAUUGUCCAUCCCCGAGUUUUUGCCUUAGACCCUUGGAAUGUGGGGGAGUUCAAAGGACCACAUCACGGAGCCUCAUGGAGUAAUAGGGCAGCCAUGGCAAGGAGGGUGGCUGGCUCAGGAAAAGGGAGAAGGAGGGCAGCUUCCCUGCCCUCCUUCACCCUUCCUCUGUGCUCCCCAGUUACGGCUUCCCCCAACCUGUGAGCGCCCCUCCUCCCAGUGCUUUGCCUGACCCCGCUAGAAGGCAGGUUGUUUUUCUGGCUCAUGAGUAAACACUGACCUAUUUGGGUUUCAGAUGCCUGGCCCGCGAAAUUCCUGCUGGGCUGGAUAAACACACUGGGAGAACAUCUCUUGAGAAUGAGAGUUGCUUUUGGAUACAAUGCAAGUGACCCACUGACUGAGUCCUUGCAGCGGUCAGCACUGUGCCGGCCUCCUGGGCCCCCCAGGAUGGUGGCAGAUGGAGGCAGGGCCUUGCACUCCACCCUCUCCCUGGGAGCUUGUGGUCCACUUGGAGAGCUAGGACUCAUUCACUGGGAAUGCGUGGAGACCGUGUGCAAAGCAGCUGCAAGCAUCCUGAAGGGGGGAUUCUUGCGUGAGGAGGAGGUGGUCCUCUGUGACCACUGGAUCCUUCCCAACACUUAAGUCCUCUGCUUUUGAGUGGAGUUCAGUUGAGUGCCAAACGGUCUGCUGCAGACAGUGGCUAUGUGGGCUGGCAGGAAAGGGAGCUUAGCUGAUACUCUGCCAGGAGGAGGUGAGGAUCAAGGCUGAGGUGAGGAGCUGCUGGGCUUUGCUAAUCUGCUGAUCGUCAUCUCCCUGAAAUGUCCCAGCACCUGCACCUGCCUCCUGCCCCGAGUCUCUCUGGCCCAGGCAGAGCCCAGUGCCUAUCUUACUCAUGACCCAGACGUUUCCUUUCUCCUGUGCCCUCAACCUCUCCCGGCUUGCAAGCUGCCCUUCCCUUUCCAGCCCUCUGAAAGGAGCUGUGUUUCUGUUAGGUGAGGCUGCUCAGGCUGGGAAAAUCCAAGGAAGGGUUGGUCUCUUGGCAGUGAGCUGGACCCCAGUGAAGACCCUGGCUAUCUGGAAGUGGGAGGCCAGAGGCUAAGACAGCUGAGCUUCCCGGGCAGAGAGGGAGUGACUGUGGCCGCUGAUGUGGUCAGCGGGCUCCUGACCAAGAGGCAGAAGUGGCCAGGAAGGAGAUCUGAGUUGCUCAGUUUCGGGGAGGAGAAGAGGGUUAGGCUGGAUUGAUACAUGCUGAUCCCAAAUUACCUUUUUAGCCUGAAGGGUGCGUUUCUUCCUGUCUGGCUGCCAGCCAAGUGGCUUGGCUGCCUCUUUAGAUCAGUGGGAAGCCACAGGGCAGGUGCUUUGUGGGAGGGUAGGGUCCUCGCUGGAAUCCAGGACCGACUUAUGUCCUGCCUAAUGGGCAAGGGGAGGAGACUGUGAGACCAAAGGUGAGCCACGGAGGCCACGUGCCGUGCCGUGGUGCAGCAGGUUAAGCUGUUGCCUGGGAUUUCUGUAUCGUGUUUGGGAGUGCCGCUUAAAGUCCCAGCUACUCUGCUUCUAAUCUAGCUCCCUGCUAAGGCACGUGGGAGGCAUCUGCUAUGCACCUGGGAGACUCCUGGAUGGAGUUCCUGGCUCCUGACUUCAGCCUGGCCUAGCCCUGGUUGUUCUGGUCAUUUGGGGAGUGAACCAGCAAAUCAAAGGUCUCUCUCUGUCUCUGCCUUUCAAAUACUAUUUUUUAAAAAGACAGGAAAAAAAUUUUUUAAAUGGCGAGUGGCAUUUACCCAGCCCCACCCCCUAACACAUCACACCCUUACACGAAGGAUCCUGUUACUUACAUGUUGAAUCCACACACAGUGGGGGAGAGGACUGUAGGUCUCAGGGCCAGAUGAGGGCCAGAUGGGGGCCUCAUGCAGCCCUGACCUGGGGCUUGGUGCCCAGGCAGGGAAAGAGUUGGAGCGAUGCCAGCGGCAGGCCGACGAGGUGACAGAAAUCAUGCUCAACAACUUCGACAAGGUCCUGGAGCGCGAUGGGAAGCUGGCAGAGCUACAGCAGCGUUCGGACCAACUGCUGGACAUGAGCUCAGCCUUCAGCAAGACAACCAAGAUCGUGGCCCAGAAGAAGCGCUGGGAGAAUAUCCGCUGCCGCAUCUACUUGGGGCUGGUGGUGGCCGGUGGCCUGCUCAUCAUCCUGAUUGUACUGCUGGCCGUCUUUCUCCCACAAAACAGUGGGGACAGUACUGCCCCACAAGCCCAGGAUGCAACCACUGCCUCAGGACCUGGGGAAUGACCCAGCUGGGCCUGGGAGAGAGGCCGAAGAGCUGCACGGGCCAGUUCUAGUCUCCAGAGAACCCUGCUAUUGGCUCCUUUCUGAGCCACCUCAGUGAGUGCCAGAGGGCAGCCCGGAUGUGGGUACCUUUGCAUCUCCCAACAAGCCCCAGACUGGCCCUCAAGGGCAGCCUCCUGCACUGGCCAUGCCGGGCCAGCCCCACCUGGAGCUCAGUAAAAGCUGCUGUUGGAAGAAAAGAUGAUGAUG